AUGGCGGAUAGCCGUUGGUCUCUGGCGCGUCGUCGCCGCGGUGCCGCACGCGGUCUUGACGGUGCUUCAGCGGGUGCGGGGGGGAAUUUCAAGCGGGAAGGCUCGGCGCGCAUUGACGAGGCGUGUGAUGCGGCAGAUGGUGGUGGUGCACGAGGAGGAGACGGAAGUGGUGCUCGAGGCAUUCUGCUCCUUCUUCUUCGUACGCCCGCCCGCCUCCCUCUCCUUCCUCCUCGCGCCUUCCCCGCUGCUGCUGUUCCCGACCCGCCGUUUGUGUUCCCUCCAAUUGCUGCUCUCAUAUCCCCGUCGUAUCUCCCUUUCUGCCUGCUAGCGGCGUACUUCGUGUGCCAGCCGCUGCGCGACGAGGCGGCCAUGAGUCUGGGCACGGGCGCGCUGCCAGGGCUCUUCCUCGCCUCGCUCGCCUCCACCGUCGCCGCUGCUCCGCUGUCGUCCGCACUGCUCUCCCGCACUGACAUCAGCAAGGGGCAGGCCCUGCUGCUGCUGUACCGAUUCUUCUCGCUCUGCCUCCUCGGCUUCUUCUUCCUCUACCUCCUCGUGCCUCCACCUGCCACUCUCCCUGCUCUGCCCACGCUACCUGAAGAGCUGGUGGGGGAGGGCGGGCAUGCAGUGCAGGCGGCAGUGUACCCCGAUGCUGCUGGCCAGCUCGCUGUCUUUGCUGACGUGUCGCUGCCCUUCCUCGCUGUCCGAGCCGGCCUCUUCCUCUUCGUGGCGCUGCUGAAUCUGUUCGCCAUCGCUGCCAUGUGGGCUCGCCUUGCCGAUGUCAUGACCAGUGAGGCGGGGGCGCGUCUGUUCGGGUUCAUUGGCGCGGGUGCCACGUUCAGCCAGCUCGCAGGCUCGCUGCUCGCCUCCUCGCUCGCUGCUCUGGGACCCUACCUGCUCAUCCUAUCAGCCGUGCUCAUGGAGGUGGCAGCGCGCUGCUCCACACUCAUCGACGACGGUUCCACGCUGCCCCAUGCCAUGCACUCACACCCAACCGACUCUCCCGUGUGCACGCAUGGUGGGGACGUGCCAGGGGAGGGGCAUGGGCAUGGAUGGUGCUCCCAUGCGCGCCCACGCAAGGGCAAGGGCGUGCCGCUGCUGAACCACACUGCUGUCCCCGUUGUCUCUUCUUCACCCCUCCGCCCGUCUGCCACGGCCCCCCUGUUCCUAUCCUCCUCCUCUUCCUCCUUGGGGGCCCACUCUGCUUCUGUCUGCUCCUACUGCUCGCACCAACCGCUCUAUCCCCCCACAGCCAUCGCUGCUGCGCCCUCCCCCUCUCCUCCCCUCCUUACUCCCGCAGCAGACACACCUUCCCAACCGCUCCUCACCCCUCCAGUCCCUACAGACACCGCUUUCUUCCCCUCCCCCUUUCUCCCCCUCCCCCCUCCGGCCCAGCCCUCUCCCGUUCCCCCUUCCGCGCCCUGUCUGCUGCAUGCGCGCGUGGGAGGGGAGGAAGGGGCAGAGAAGGGCGGAGGGGGCGGUCUUGGGGCUUGUAGGUUGCAUGAGAGGGGGAUAAGGGGUGGAGGAGAGGAGGGGAAGAAAGAGGCGGAAGCAGGAUGCAUUCGCCUUGGCUGUGCUGCUCGGGAUCAAGAGGCGACGUUUGAGACCACGCCAAUAAUCCCUCAUGCAGCUGCAGAGGGGAAGGUUGUGGAGUUGGGAGGGCUGUGGGUACGAGGAGGAGGCGAGGAAGAGGGAGAGGAAGGAGAAGCGGCGGGUAGAGGACACAUAGGCCACCAUGAAGAGCAGUUGACAGCUGGUGAUGGAUGGAGAGGGAGAGAAGGAGAUGGAGGGGGAGGGGGUGGGGAGAGAGAGGAGAGGGGAGGCUGGGAGGGCGCAUGUGCAGGGGAGAGAAGGGUGGGUGCAGUGCUGCGGUCUGCUAUCUCCUGGCCCCAGAGCCUGGCAGAAGCUGCUGCUUCGGCAGAGCGAGUGGAGGAGGGAGCGUGUGCGAGGAAUGGCGGAAAGGUGCUGAGGCGAGGAGGAAGAGGAGUGAGGAAUACAGUGGGCAGAGAGUUCGAUGGUGGGAGAACCGCGGAUAGCAGUUCAACUGUAGCUGGGUUGAUUCAAGACAGAGUUAGAGCAGCAAUGACAGUUGGGAUUGGAUAUGAGAGAGGUGCAGUGACAGGGGGAGCAGCAGGGGUGGUGAGAGCAGAGAGGGGAGAACUGGUUUGGAGGAAGCGUGGUGAGCGGUCGGGUGGGUUGGGUACAGGGGAGGAGGAUGGGGUGGGUGAAAGGCUCGGUCGAGGGGAGAGUGGCAGUGGUCUGUCCAAUGUUGCUGUUUUUCGGAGCACAAGUGGUGGUGCGGCUGUGCCCAGUGCAGUGGAUGCAGGGGUGUGUAUCGGGCUUGCAGUGCAACAGAAGCACCUGAAAGGCCUCCUGAAAGGGCACCUGGGAGGAGACACGGGGGUGCAGGCAGGUGGGCAAGCAGCACGUGAAGGGUACGGACUACUCAUGCACUCUAUGUCCAUGCAGCAAGAGCAUGUGGACCGUGGUCCAGGCAGUGGCGAACGCUCCUCUCUGGCAGAGGGAGCAGUGGGGGCAGCAGCAACAGCAGCAGCAGCAGCAGCAGCAGCAGCAGCAGCAGCAGCAGCAGCAGCAGCAACAGCAGAGGCAGAGGCAGCCUUGGAUAUGGGCAAUUCACCUAGCAAGCUGAAACCGAGACCGCUGUGGCAGUGGCAGUGGCAAUGGCUGCGCUUGCAGGCUCCGUGGCAAGGGACAGGGAAGCAGGAAAGAGCAGCGCAGGGCGGGCGGGGGGCGCAUGGAGGAGCAGCAGAGAGGGACGUGAGGGUGGCAGGCAAUGAGGGCAGUGGAGGAGGGGAGGAGAGUCGGCCGUUGCGGGCGUGCCACUCACUGCCGUGCAGAACAGCAGGUGGGGCAGACGUGCAGAGAGGCGCAGGGGCGUGUGUAAAGGGAGGGGGGGGAAGGGGAAUGGGGGAUGCAUCUGUGUGCCACAGGUGCAUGGGAGCUGCGAGGGGGCAGAUGGGGGAGGCGAGAGGCGACGGGGAAGCAAUGUUGCAGGGGGAAGGGAGAGGAGAAGCGUGUGAGGUGAUGGCACAAGGGUGGGCGGCGCGGGCAGAUGGGCCAGGCAGCGAUGGCAUAUCCAGGGAUGGCUUGUCUGGCUUGCUGUCUUCACACUGCCAUUCCCAUGAGCCCACAGGAGCAGCAGUACCAGCAGCAGCAGCAGCAGCAGCAGCAGCACCAGCACAGCCGGUUGAUUGGUGUGGGGCGGAUAGCGGUGGGCAGAGCAGUGCAGGGAAUGGUGGCGAUAUGGCUGAGCGGUGGUACCGUGUGGGAGGAGAGCGGGGGCCAGGGGCAGCAAUGCCUGCAAGCCAUGGUGGCCCUGGGGGCAGGGGCAGCAGCACGGGCAGGGCGAGCAGCAGGGGUGUGCGGCAGAGUGGGGGGUUGAGCGAGGUGGUGACAGGAGUGCGGCUGGUGCUGUCGUCGUCAUACCUGCUGCAUGUGUGCGCCUUCCUCAUGCUCACUGCUAUCGUCUCCUCCUUCUACUUCGAGGGUCGUCUGCUAACAACGUUUGGGGUGGCAGCAGCGCUGGCAGCAUCGCCAGUGGCAGCACUGAUAGGCAUGGCUGCCAUUGCAUGGCACCCCACACCCCUCGUGGUUGCUGGCUCUGAAGCACUGCGCAAGGUGGUGACAUACGUGUUGACCCGGCCCAGUCGGGAGAUUCUGUUCACUGUGGUGACACGCGAGGAGAAGUACAAGGCCAAGGUCACAAUAGACACGGUGGUGCAGCGCCUGGGCGAUGCAGCAGCAGCGGGCUUCUUCCGCCUGCUGGGCGGGGUGUUCCUCCUGGGGCCCUCUGGUGUUGCCACCUACACUGUGCCGCUGUGUGUGCUAUGGUGUGGGCUUGCGGUCACCUUAGGCCUGCGGCAGCAAGCCAUGGCACGCAUGCAGCAGGGAGGGGGCCCAGCAGCUCCCAAGCAUGCACAAGGCCUCUGA